CCUUCCCACAGGUGGAGAUGGGGCCUUUUAAGCACACAGUGGACGACGGACUUGACGUGCGGAAGGCGGCCUUCGAGUGCAUGUACUCGCUGCUCGAGAGCUGCCUGGGCCAGCUGGACAUCUGUGAGUUCCUGAACCACGUGGAGGAUGGGCUGAAGGACCACUAUGACAUCCGGAUGCUGACCUUCAUCAUGCUCGCACGGCUGGCUACCCUGUGUCCUGCGCCCGUCCUGCAGAGGGUGGAUCGGCUCAUUGAGCCACUCAGGGCCACCUGCACCACCAAGGGUGAAGUGCUGCCAGACAUGAGUGUUCCAAGGGUCCAGAGGAGUGACCGGGCAGAUGGCCUCAUGGAAGCUGCAGGAGUGGGAAUAGAGCCUGGCAUGCCCAGGAAGCGCCCAGGAAUAACUUUUGAAUGAAAGCACUGAUUUGGACU